CUUAAGACAGUGACUUACAGUGACAGACUUCAGAGGUAGAAAUUUAUUUCUUCUUCGUUAAAAGUUUUGGCAACCUUAAAACGUGAAGUACUUUAAAACUUAAAAUAAGCCACCUGCUAUAAUCUAAGAUUCUAGCCACACAAAAAAAAAAGGAUUCUAGAACGUAUGCUAUUAUUUAUAACGUUAACAGCCAAAGAGAGCAUAGCAUGACUCUGUGUUCGUCUUUAAGGACGCUCACAAAGCAAACACUGAACACACUUAAACUCUUUCAUUUCACAUACCACACUAAUCUUCUGUCUUAUUCCCAUGCCAAUGCCAUUGCCUUUGACCCCUUGACUUCAGAUUCCAGCUUCGUUCACCAUGCACACCACCCGUUCGACAAAAGUACUCAGAAAGACCUUUCAAACUAUAAUCACUUGCUUUUCGAGUACUCUCGCACUCAUUGCAACCAAGAGGCUCUCAACAUCUUUGUGGGUCUUCAUCAUUCGAGUUUACCUGUUGAUGGGUCGACCAUGUCGUGUGUGUUGAAGGUCUGUGGAUGCUUGUUUGAUCAAAACGUGGGCAGGCAGGUGCAUUGUCAAUGUAUAAAAUCAGGGUUUGUGGAGGAUGUUAGUGUUGGGACUGCUCUGGUUGAUAUGUACAUGAAAACUGAGAAUGUUGGAGAUGGGAGGAGAGUUUUUGAUGAGAUGGGUGAGAGAAAUGUGGUGUCUUGGACUUCAUUGCUCUCCGGUUAUGUACGGAACGGGUUGAACGAUUUGGCCUUAGAAUUUUUCUUUUUAAUGCAAGGAGAGGGUAUUAAGCCUAACCCUCUUACUUUUGCAACUGUUUUUGGAGCUUUGGCAGAUGAUGUUAUGGUUAAGAAGGGAAUUCAAGUCCACACAAUGGUAAUAAAGAAUGGUUUUGAGUCUACUGUGUUUGUGAGCAAUUCUUUAAUUAAUAUGUAUUCAAAGUCAGGGAUGGCUAGAGAUGCUAGAGCUGUGUUUGAUAGUAUGGAGAAGAGGAAUGAGGUUUCGUGGAACGGUAUGGUUGCAGGCUGUGUUACAAAUGGACUUGACUUGGAAGCUUUUGAAAUGUUUUAUCAAAUGCGACUUGCAGGUGUGAUGCUUACACAGAUGAUAUUUGCUACCAUGAUUAAACUAUGUGCUAACCUUAAAGAAUUAGGUUUUGCUAGACAGCUUCAUUGUCGGGUUUUGAAAAAUGGGUAUUGCUUUGAUCACAAUAUUAGAACGGCACUUAUGGUAGCUUACAGUAAGUGCAGUGUCAUGGAUGAUGCAUUUCAACUGUUUUCUAUGAUGCAUGGGGUUCAGAAUGUUGUGUCAUGGACGGCCAUGAUCAGUGGGUACUUACAGAAUGGUGGAACAAGGCAAGCAGUGAAUUUAUUUUGCCAAAUGAACAGGGAAGGUGUUAGACCCAACCAUUUCACUUAUUCUACCAUCCUUACGGCUCAACCUGCCAUUUCUACUUUCCAACUACAUGCACAAGUCAUUAAAACUAAUUAUGAGAAAUCAUCUUCAGUAGGAACUGCACUUUUAGAUGCUUAUGUUAAGAUGGGCUGCAUUGAUGAAGCUGCAAAAGUAUUUGAAUUGAUUGACGAGAAGGACAUUGUGGCAUGGUCAGCAAUGGUAGCUGGAUAUGCUCAAAGAGAAGACACAGAGGGAGCAGUUAAAAUUUAUCUCUGGUUGGCAAAAGAGGGUGUCAAACCAAAUGAGUUUACCUUUUGUAGUAUCGUUAAUGCCUGUGCUGCACCUUCUGCAGUGAUAGAGCAGGGGAAACAAUUCCAUGCUUGCUCAAUCAAAUCAGGAUUAAAUAAUGCUUUAUGUGUAAGUAGUGCUCUUGUAACCAUGUAUGCCAAGAGAGGAAAUAUUGAAAGUGCAAAUACAGUUUUCAAGAGGCAAGGUGAGAGAGACUUAGUUUCAUGGAACUCAAUGAUCUCUGGAUAUGCACAACAUGGUCAUGGGAAGAAGGCUCUUGAGAUAUUUGAGGAAAUGAGAAGGAGAAACUUGGAAAUGGAUGACAUAACAUUCAUUGGGGUGAUUUCUGCAUGUACUCAUGCAGGCUUAGUGGAUGAAGGCCAAAGAUACUUCAACAUGAUGGUCAAAGAUCACGACAUUGAUCCAACAAUGGAGCAUUAUUCUUGCAUGGUUGAUCUAUAUAGCAGAGCAGGACUGCUCGAAAAGGCCAUGGAUAUCAUAAAUGGGAUGCCAUUCCCUGCAGGUGCAACUGUGUGGCGAACUCUCUUGGCUGCUUGCCGUGUUCACCGCAAUGUAGAGUUUGGAAAACUUGCAGCAGAAAAGCUCAUUUCACUUCAGCCACAAGACUCGGCUGCAUAUGUCUUACUAUCUAAUAUUUAUGCUGCUACAGGAAAUUGGCAAGAGAGAGCUAAGGUGAGGAAGUUGAUGGAUGAGAGAAAUGUGAAAAAAGAAGCUGGGUACAGCUGGAUUGAAGUUAAGAACAAGACUUACUCAUUCUUGGCUGGUGAUCUUUCACAUCCCUCUUCAGAUCUUAUUUACUCUAAACUUGAAGAAUUAAGUAUUCGGCUGAAGGAUGCCGGAUAUCAGCCUGAUACAAAUUAUGUGCUUCACGACGUUGAAGAGGAACACAAAGAAACCAUCCUUUCUCAGCACAGUGAGAGACUGGCAAUUGCUUUUGGAUUAAUUGCUACACCUCCAGGAACUCCUAUCCAGAUUGUGAAGAACCUUAGGGUCUGUGGAGACUGUCACACUGUUAUUAAGUUAAUAUCAAUGCUUGAAGCCAGAGAAAUUGUUGUCAGAGACUCAAACCGAUUCCACCACUUUAAAGGAGGUUUAUGCACAUGUGGGGACUAUUGGUGACAACAAAUUUGGGAAAUGGGUUCUACCUGAAGUUUUCCAAGGGUUUCUCACAUCAACAAGACAAUUCUUAAGCAAAGGAGCCACAUAACUUCUACACGCUCACAUUGCAAAGAGUAGCACAAGAAUUAAUAUCCUAAACUGUCAAGGCUUACAAAGCAAUAUAAUUGAUAUAUCCUAGAGUAGAUUCUUGUAGUGAUUGUGAAUUUGAUGCUCGUUCACAUUAAAGAAGAAGUUCAUAUAUCAAGCUUUAAAAAUGUAUGAAGGAUGACUACAUGAGUGGAUACUUUGAAACUUUUUGUGUCAUUAUGGCAGGAGGUUGAUAUCUUCACUCUUUUUGUCUGAAGGUACUUUUUUCCAUUCUGCUGCUAAGUGCUAACACAUUGGUUUGAGACAUGUGGCAAUUACCUUCAGGAUUACUUCAUGCUGAAGAUGCUACCAUAGCGUGGUUAGAGGGAAAAAAAAGGAAGGUUGGUACAAUUUUACAAUUGCUGCAACUGUAGAAACAUGUGGGCAAGACAUUGAGGUGCCGGAGAUUAUGUUCUAAUCGACA